UAACGCAAUGCUUUGGACCGCUUGAACUGCAGUGGAGGUUUAAUGAGGACUUGUGUGAAUUCCGGCUUUUAUUUAUUUGUAACCUUUAGCUAGUUGACAUACGGUAGUCUGUGUAACUGUCGUCGUUUUCGACAUUCAGCUGUAGCCAGAAAAAGGCUCGAGAUCUUCUCUCAAAGUGUUUCUUCGUGUGGUUUGGGGAAGGAAAUAGUCUGAGGCUAAAGCUAUGUAGCAAGCUAAUCUCAUACAUUUGCUAGUGACCUGUCAAUUUACAAGCUCUUAUUAAUCAUAUACUAAGUUUGCAGGCAUGACCGAGUACAAGCUUGUGGUGGUCGGUGCUGGAGGCGUGGGCAAGAGUGCUCUCACCAUCCAGCUCAUCCAGAACCACUUUGUGGACGAAUAUGAUCCAACCAUCGAGGACUCCUACAGGAAGCAGGUGGUGAUCGACGGAGAGACGUGUCUGUUGGACAUCCUGGACACGGCAGGUCAGGAGGAGUACAGCGCCAUGAGGGACCAGUACAUGAGGACGGGGGAGGGCUUCCUCUGCGUGUACGCCAUCAACAACACCAAGUCCUUUGAGGAUGUUCACCUCUACAGAGAGCAGAUCAACAGGGUGAAGGACAGCGACAGUGUUCCCAUGGUGCUGGUGGGCAACAAGAGCGACCUGAGCUCACGCUCGGUGGAGACACGACAAGCACAGGAGCUGGCCCGAAGCUACGGCGUGCCCUUUGUGGAGACCUCAGCCAAAACCAGACAGGGUGUGGAGGAAGCAUUCUACUCACUUGUACGAGAGAUCCGAAGAUACAAGGAGACCAACCGCAGCAACAAGAAGAGCAAGAAGAACACUCAGAGACGUUGUAUGAUACUAUAGCAGCACACACGCACACACACUAGCCCCUCCCUUAUGUCAGGUAGGUAACAUGACCUGCGAUGUAUUCGUUCAUUUCAUGCUGUGAACUUUUCUUUUCUGAAGACCACUUCUUGUAACUAGCAGCAUUCAAUUACUUUUUUUUUAUUUUAGGAAGAAAAAAACAUGUAUUAGUCGUUACAGUAAGUGGCGUGUGGCCUCACUUUGCACUGAUGACUCAUUCAGACUCAAUGGGAACAGGCUGGUAACAUUUGUUUUGAUUUUUGACACAAAUACAUAAAAUCUGUUUGA